AUGGAGGUUGUACAGUUAGGGUUGGGGGUGUGUUUGAAGGAAAGAAUAGAUUUUGAAUCUGGGUUUUUGUUGGAUGGUGGAGAAUAUGGAUAUAAAAAAGGGUCUCUGAUUGUACUUUUGGUGACGGUCACGGUUAAGUUUGGUCUUGGUGAAACCACUGCUUCUGCAGUUGCCAAUGCAACUGCUGGCUUGGAUGAAAAUGAAGACUCAGAGAGGGAACAAUGGUGGAUACUUUCAAUGAAAUCAGCAAUCUCAGUCACAUUCUUGUGCUUAGUCCUGUUAGCUGUAGCAAAUGGAUCCUACGCUGGAGAAAUUGUUAUAUACUGGGGCCAGAAUGGCAACGAGGGGACGCUGAGCGAGGCUUGUGCGACAGGGAACUAUGAUUAUGUGAUCAUAGCCUUUUUGCCGACCUUUGGCAAGGGCCAAACUCCCAUGAUUAAUCUUGCUGGUCACUGUGAUCCGUACAGUGAUGGGUGCACUGGGUUAAGUUCAGACAUAAAAUCUUGUCAAGCCAAAGGCAUCAAAGUCUUGCUCUCUUUGAGAGGAGACACUGGAAGCCACUCAAUUGAUGCAAGUGAAGUAGCCACAUACCUUUGGAACAACUUCUUGGGGGGACAGUCAGCAUCUCGUCCUCUUGGCGCUGCUAUUCUUGAUGGUAUUGACUUUGACAUUGAAGGUGGAUCAAGCAAACACUGGGGUGAUCUUGCCAGGCUCCUUAAAGGGUAUUAUGGCAUGAUGGCCAAGCAAAGAAAGCAAGUGUACAUAACUGCAGCUCCUCAGUGCCCUUUCCCUGAUGCUUGGAUAGGAAAUGCUCUCACAACAGGUCUUUUUGACUAUGUUUGGAUCCAAUUCUACAACAACCCUCCUUGUCAAUAUACUACUGGGGCAAUUAGCAAUCUUGAAAAUGCAUGGAAGCAAUGGAUAACAAGUAUCCCUGCCGACAAAAUAUUCUUGGGGUUACCAGCUUCCUCACAGGCAGCAGGAAGUGGGUUCAUUCCUUCUGCUGAUCUCAUAUCUCAAGUGCUUCCAGCCAUUAAGAGCUCUGCAAAAUAUGGAGGUGUUAUGCUGUGGUCCAGGUACUAUGAUGUUCAGAGUGGUUAUAGUUCUUCUAUUAAGACCUAUGUUUGA